CCUUCUACUAAUUAAGUUACUUUAUCAUAAAUUAACCUAUCAACAAUCAAUUGUUUUAUUUUUUGUUCAUAAGAUCAACAAUGUUUUUUUAAAUUUUAUUUUCAAAGAUUUAAUCAACAAUUAGUCAUGUGAAUUUAAAUAAAUAUAUGGACUGUUCAAUGAUGGAAGAUUAAAAUGGAGUGCGGUUAUAGGACUGCUAUUUUUCAUACUAGAACUAGAUGCCUUUUAUGUUCCUGGAGUAGCUCCCGUUGAAUUUAAAAAAGGCCAAAAGAUAAAUGUUAAAGCUGUAAAAAUGACAAGUACACGUACGCAAUUACCAUAUGAAUAUUAUUCAUUGGGAUUUUGUAGGCCAAAAAAUGGAACUGUCAUUUAUAUGUCAGAAAAUUUGGGUGAAGUUCUUCGUGGUGAUCGAAUUGUAAACACGCCGUAUGAAGUGGCAAUGGGAGAAGAUAUUAGUUGUAGAUUAUUAUGUCAUUCGCCGCAGAAACCCAUGAAUUGGAAUGAAAAAGAAUCAAAAACUGUUAUCGAACGAAUACAGCAUGAAUAUACAGUUCAUUUACUGAUAGAUAAUUUACCUGCUGCCACUAAAAAAACUCACGAAGAUGAUAAUACCAUAGUUUAUUAUGGGUAUCGGCUUGGUGGUGUCAAAGGUGAUCAAGUAUACAUAAACAAUUAUCUUAAACUUAAGCUGAGUUAUCAUAAACAUGGAGAUAAUGAAUUUAGAGUAGUCGGUUUUGAAGUUGAUGCAAGAUCUGUUGAUUUCAACGAAGUAGAAUUUAAAGACAACAACUGUCAACCACCGGGUGAUGUUUCUCCACAGUAUGUUAAUCCAAAAGGAACAAGACUUUUAUUUUUAUAUUCUGUUGAAUGGACUGAAUCAGAUGUUAGCUGGGCCAGUAGAUGGGACGUUUAUUUGGGAAUGAAUGAUGUUGAAAUUCAUUGGUUUUCAAUUAUCAAUUCUCUUGUUGUUGUAUUCUUUUUAUCAGGAAUUCUUACAAUGAUUAUGGUAAGAACAUUACGAAGAGAUAUUGCUCGUUACAAUGCAGGCGAUAGUGAUAGCCUCGCAAGUUUGGAUGAAUCAAUUGAAGAAACUGGUUGGAAAUUAGUUCACGGUGAUGUAUUUAGACCACCAACAAACUCACGUCUCUUUGCUGCUGUUAUCGGAAGUGGUAUUCAAAUAUUCUUUAUGGCACUAAUCACAAUAUUUUUUGCUAUGUUAGGAAUGCUUUCACCGGCAAGCAGAGGAGCACUUGCUACUUGUGCAAUUUUCUUCUACGCAUUUUCUGGUUUAGUCGCUGGUUAUUUUUCAGCACGUUUGUAUAAAACAAUACGUGGUAGACAAUGGAAACGUGCUGCUCUUUUAACAGCAACAUUUUAUCCCGGAAUAGUAUUCAGCACAUGUUUCUUCCUCAAUUUUUUUAUUUGGGGAAAACACAGUUCCGGUGCAGUACCAUUUACUACAAUGUUAUCACUACUAUGUCUUUGGUUCGGUAUUUCUCUUCCUCUCGUUUAUUUAGGAUACUUUUUCGGUUAUCGUAAACAACCAUUUACACAUCCAGUUAGAACAAAUCAAAUUCCAAGACAAGUACCAGAUCAAUUGUGGUACAUGAAUCCAUUUUUAUGUACACUAAUGGCUGGAAUUUUACCAUUUGGAGCAGUAUUCAUUGAAUUAUUUUUCAUUUUAACUGCUCUUUGGGAAAAUAGAUUUUAUUAUCUUUUUGGCUUCCUGUUUCUCGUAUUUUGUAUCCUGGUUAUUUCAUGCUCACAAAUAUCAAUUGUUAUGGCCUAUUUCCAAUUAUGCGGAGAAGAUUACAGAUGGUGGUGGAGAAGUUUUAUUGUCAGUGGCGGAUCAGCUGUCUACGUUUUUGCCUAUUCAGUUUUUUACUUUAUGACCAAACUUGAAAUUACCGAAUUAGUGCCAACAUUAAUGUACUUCGGUUAUACAGGACUAAUGGUUUUGACAUUUUGGUUAUUAACUGGAACAAUAGGUUUCUUUGCUGCUUAUGCAUUUAUUCGUAAAAUAUAUGCAGCAGUAAAGAUUGACUAGUCCUUAAUUUUCUUAUAGUCGACUUCUCUAUAAUUAAAAAAAAAUAAUAAUAAGAAUAAUAAAAACAGAGACAAUUUUUUAUUAAUAUUAAUAUGUGCGAAAACUCAUUCUGCCUAAUUUUUUGGCAACUGAAUAAAUAUAUCAAGUGAACGAUAGAACGAAUGA